AUGGAUCAAGAUAUAAAUCCAUAGGAAUAGUUGGAAAAUACACACUUGACUUAAGUUGAAGAAAUUAUUGAAGGGAGUAGUAUAAAUUACUAAUUAAUUUCAAAAUAAAAACAGAGAAAAUGGGGAGGAGCAUUAGCAUUUAACAAUAAGGGGAACUUAUUAGCAGCUGCUUCGAAACAUGACGUAAAAAUAUGGGAGUUCAAGAAUGGUUAUGUUACGAAUCCAUAAUUUUUAAAAGGGAAAUCGCUAGUCAAAAUAAUUAAAUUUGGAAUAUAAUCAAAUUUUCUUGUUGCUGGUGGAAGUGAUGAAUCAAUGUUGGUUUGGGAAUUGCAGAAAAAUACUUGGAAAUUUACCACCUAAUUGGUUGGACAUAAAGGGAGGGUGAGUGCUAUCAUAAUAAGUAAGAAAGAUGAUUCAAUUAUAUCAUCAAGUGAAGAUGGAACAAUCAAGAUUUGGGUGGCUUAGGGUCAAAAUAGUGGUUGGAAAUGUUAAGAGACACUGAGAUCUAUGACUGGGGAAAUUUAUAGUAUUGUUGAGAAUUCUACAUCGGACAUAUUAGCUUCAUGCUCUGAAAAUAAAACAAUAACAUUUUGGAGAUAGUAAAGAACAUCCACAAAAUUUGAAGUUCAAUGGAAAAAAUUUCAGAAUAUUAGGAAUGAAGAUUAUGGAACUAAAAUCUGCUUUAUUGAUCAUGAUAAGUUAACAUGGUAACCUACUAGUGAUGGGUAGCUAUAUUUAUUUUAAAUGAAUCCACGAAAUUUACUUUUUGAAUUGAAGAAUAAAUUAAUAUUAGGACAAGGAAAUUAUGACUUUCAUUAUUUUUAAUCAAUUUACUCAAAUAUAUCUCGCUUGCUUAUUGUUCGACAUAAGUAUAGAAUGUAUUUCUUAAAAAUGGAUGACACUUAAGAGUUUAAGAUAUAAUAGAUUAUCCAAUUUAGUACUAAUUGGAAUUUUGCAGCUUUGAGUUCAGAUGAAUAAUAUUUUAUUACUUGGGACUUUUAGAAUUAAGAAUUUUAAGUUAGAUAAAGGAAUGAUUUAAUUCAUGUUUGA